AUGUCUUACAAACACUUGUUCGCCGCUUCGAUGGCGGCGCUGAUGCUGUUCCCUGCUUGCGGAAACAACAACGACAACGGCACCACCCCUCCGCCAACAGGCAACUCGCUCUCCUGUGGUGAGGGCACGCGCCGCAUGGCUGGUGAGUGCGUCCCUAUCAGUGACCUCGCCACGUGCGGCGAGGGCACCAUGCUCGUCGACGGCGAGUGCGUCGCCACGGAUACAGGUGGCAACAACGAGGUGACCUGUGGCGCGGGCACGACGAACGUCGACGGUCGAUGCGUCCCGAACGCGAUGGAUGUUUGUGGUCAGGGCACCAUGCUCGAUGAGGCGACAGGACGUUGCGUCGCGACCGCUGAAUGCGGACCACAAACGACGCUCGUCGAUGGACAGUGCCUGGCGGAUGACGACAUCCUCGCCAACGAAGCCACGCUUUCGGAGAGUGACACCGAGAACGAUCCUGCCUACGGAGGAUCCCCCGAGAUGCUCACGCUCCCGGCCGCUGGCGACAGCGUGCUCGCGGUCGGUGUUAUCGGCGAACCUCGCGACCUCGACGGCGACAACGGCAGGGAUCAGGAUGUCGACGUCUGGCAAUUCAGCGCCACGUCUGGAGACACCGUCAACGUCAAGCUGCUCGAGCUCGGCGCAGGCGCGCUCGCGUUCGAGGUUCGCGGUCCACAGGGAUUCUACCGCCAGGGGCCGGGCUUUCAGCCCGAGCCAGAGCGCGCGCUCUUUCUUCCGUUCGAUGGCGAUUACCAGAUCACGGUUCGCCCUCAACUCCAGCUCUUUCAACCCGAGGCGGGCCCCUCCGGCUCGGAUGAUUCGCGCUACAGGUUGGCGGUCACCAACCUCGGCGGGUUGAUGACCAACGAUGGCACGCCAUUCGACAUCGCCAACACCACGCCCGUCCCGGGCGAAUUGCUCGCGCUCGAGCAAAACCUCUACCUCUUCCAGUACACCGCGCCAGCGCUCUGGAGAGCGACCAUCACCAGCGUCGAGGAGCGCGACGCGACGGUCGCCAUGCUCGUCCUCGAUGGUCAAGGCACGGUGCGGCGCGUCCUCGAGCCGGGCACCCGCGAGGUGAUCCUCAACGGGAGCGUCGACAACGACCGCUGGCUGUUCGUCGACUGGACAAGACUGAGCACCGAUCGCGAUGACUACGAGCUGCGCGUCGAGCAGUUCGACGCGACCGCCAUUCCCGACACGCUCGAAGGCGGCGCGAACGUCAGUCGCGCCGGAAAUAUCGACAUCGAUCCUCAGCAGAGCGUCUUUAUCACCGCGACGAUCGAGCUCGUCGACGCGCAGCAAAACCCCGUCGAUCAGGGCCUCGUCAUCAACCUCGACGCCACUCGCCUCGACCAGAGCGUCGCGGUGAACUACGAAGUGUUCGCUCCGAACGGCGAGCGUUUGCAGAGCAUCGAUGGCUCUCCAUUCCUGUUCCUCGCGCGCGAGUCUGGCGACUAUCUCAUCAAGGCCACCAACCUGAGCCAGGAUGAGCCACAGACGCUGACACGGAUCGACCUCGAGAGCUUCAUCCCGACCUCUCUCGGCACGCUCGCGAACCCCGGUGAUGAGGGGAGCGGCGCGCUCUCGGUGAUUCCUGGCAAGCCGACCUUCGGGCUCUUCGAUGCCUCCAACGGGCUCGUCACCUCGAUCUCGAUGGAGAACUCCGGCUCGGACAACCCGCUGACCGUCGAGGUCAUCUCUCCCAAUGGCGAGGUCUUCGAGCGUCCACCUGCUGCGGCCGCGGUCUCGCGCGCGAGCUUCGUGGCCGCGCCCGGUCAGACCUACACCGUGCGCAUCUCGAGCCCGAACGCCACGCGCGAGGUCUCUUACAGCAUCAACGCACAAUUCGACGAAGCAGGCCCCUAUGAGAGCGAGCCAAACAACAGCUCCGCCACAGCGACCGCGCUGACCGCCGAUAACACCGAGUUCGUGGGCGCGGGCACGGUGACCGGCAUCACCGAUGAGGAUUGGUUCUCCGUCACGCUCAAUGAAGAGACCUUCAUGGAGAUCGCGCUCGAGCGCCUCGGGGAUAUCCGCAACCCAUCGCAAACCAUCAGCGUGAUCGCGUUCGACACCGAUGGAAUGACCGCGCUGGGUGACGAGAGCUUGGUGCUGCUCCCCGCGGGCACGACCUUCUUCCGCGUGCGCUCGUCGAAUAACACCGGCACAGGCAACACCUAUGGGUUGCGCCUCUCUCCCGCCGCCGCGCAAGAUCUCGGCGUCCUCGCUGCGGACGCCGUCGUGCGCCGCGAGGGAACCUUCUCACAGGGGCAGACGCAAUCGACCUUUACCUUCGAUGUCCCAGGGAACCUCCCGGCUAGCCACGACGUCAUCAUCUGGUCGAGCGCGACGCUCGAUCUGUUUGACCCCAAUGGUAACUCGAUUCACCUGUCAGCGGACUCCGGCCAGUUCUUUGGCUCCGCCGCAGACGGAUCCUUUGCAGGCAACGGGCUCGCCGCCGGGACCUACCAGGUCGUCAUUCGAGAUGGACAGGCGGGCCAAAACUGGGACCUCUUUGUCGGCGUGCUCGACCCCACCGAAGAGACCGAACCAAACGAUACCCAGGCCACAG